GGAGCGAUGACGAGGAUGAUGGUGUGGCGAGAAUGGGAAGACGAGGAACACGAGCGUGGAGCAGAGGGGCGUGGGAAGGAGGCAAGGCACGGCACACGCACCAUUGCCCCUUCCUCUUUCUACAAGCGGGCAAAGGUGUCGCAGGGUAGACGCAGGGAGGAAGCGGCCGACCCCGCCACCAACGAACCACCACAAGCCGCGCGCAACGAUCGGUGGCUGGCCAAACUGGAAGAAUAUCGCGCCGCCGGCGAAGCAUCCAAGACAGAAGGAUAUGCACAGGUGCCGGACCAAGGAAACCUGUUUGCGCCGUCGCUGGUGUGGCGCACGUUUCCGCUGCAGCAGAUGGCGUUUGACUUCGUGACCACGUGCUCGCAACCUCUGUCUGUGUACGCGUUUGAGACGGAGACUUCCACGCAGGGCAAGCGGCGGUUCCUCGUGAGCAACGAGCGCUUCUGGUCCCGCUACUACAGCCUUCCGCCAAAGCAGCGGCACCACUACGAGCUCAUUCGGCAGGACAGCCCCUGCCACCUUUACCUGGACCUGGAGUACGCCAGGGAGCACAACCCCGAUGUGGACGGCGCAGCCCUGACACGCCGGCUCGUUGAGCUGCUGUGCCGGCGCAUGAACCAGCGCUACAAGCUCAGAUGCACACCAAAGGAUGCAGUGAUCCUGGACUCCACGACCGCCACCAAGUUCUCGCGGCACGUGACGAUCCGCGCGCCACACGCCGCGUUCCGCAACAACCGGCACGUGGGCGCCUUUGUGCGCCAGGCCGUGCACGACCUUCACUACGCAUCGCAUCGGCGCAGCAGCAGCGGCAGCGAUGAUCAAGGCGGAGACAGUAUACCGCGGACCACAUGUAUUGACACAGAACAGCAUGGACUUGACGCCAACAGCAGCAACGGAGGUGCUGACGGUGAUGGUAUUGGUGUUAGUGUUGGGAGUGAUGGUGUUGGUGUUGAUGGUGGGAGUGAUGGUGAAGGUGCUGAAAGGGGUGGCGGUGGUGAAGCUGAUGAUGACGACGGCCAGCAGGAAGGGAGUGGCGAUGGCACUGGAGGGAGUUGUAGUGCUGACGUAGACAACGUUCCGGGGCAUGCGAGAGAAAAGGGCAUGAACCUGAAGGUGCGAGACGAGCACGGCAACCUGGUGUGGUUUGUUGACCUUGGUGUGUACACGCGCAACCGCACGUUCCGGCUGUACCUGUCAUCAAAGCAGGGCAAGACAGCAGUGCUUCAGCUUGCGAGGGAUUGCAGUGCGCAGAUCACGGCGCGGGCGGGCACGGAGGCGUGGCACCAUCAAGUAUUUGAACGCUCGCUGGUGUGCAACGUUGAGUACACGGAAGACACGCGCAUCCUGACGUGCACGGAUGGCGCUGGUGGGCGAGCGGGAAGUAAUAUCAGUCGUGGUGGCUGUGAUGCCUCUCAACGCUUAAGCAUGGCAGCCAGCAAAGAUCACAGUGGCACCGCCAUCACGCAGACUGUCUCGCCAGGGUCGUACGAAGCCACGCCGUACCCGGACGUGGAUGCCUUCAUUGUCCGUGUUGCCAGUCGUGGGGCAGCGCGCCAAGCGAGCAUUCGCAGGUGGACGUUGUUUCCGGCCAGCAAGGUCAUCUCCUACGACAUUGCACACGCGCGCUACUGCCACCAUGUCAUGCGCGAGCACAAGAGCAACGGCGUGUACUAUGUUGUGAAUCUGCUCACGGGCGUGUACUACCAGAAGUGCUACGACCCGGACUGCCGCGCCGCGCAAUUCAAAUCGCUAGACCGCUGCCUGCCCGUAUCGCUGCUGCCCUUCAAGAGCCACGCGCUCCUCGACACGCCUGUCGACGCACACGACGACGAAAACAGCAGAAGCGCUAACACCAGCAGCAGCGCGGGCGUGAGCGUGCUGAAUGAUGGUGACAGCAGCAAUGCCGACGAUGAUGAUGAUGACGAUGAGGCGUUUUAUCACGCAGUGGAUGAGCUGUGCUCGGCAGCAGAGGACGGUGUACUGGAGCACCUGCUGCACACGUAA